UCUCAUUGGAAAUCCUGGUGUGUGUUGGGGAAUAAGUUAUUCAAGGUCUUGUAAUCACGGGGUUGAGAAAGUUCACCCGUAUCCGUUUCCCCGUAUUCGUAGCAAAGUCAGUUGCGCAGCACGUAGUAUAACUGUGUCAUCAAAAUGGGAAACAAAAGUAGUUUGAUGCUGCAGGAGCAAGAUAUUAGGGAUAUCCAGAAUGAGACAGGCUUUCUUCCUAGUCAGAUAGAACGGUUGUACAGUAGAUUCACUAGUCUGGAUAAAGGAGACAAUGGUUCUCUUUCCCGUGAAGAUUUCCUUCGAAUUCCAGAAUUGGCUAUUAACCCCUUGGGUGACCGUAUUGUUCAUGCAUUUUUCAAGGAAAGCGAAGAUGAUAGGGUAAACUUUCGUCAGUUUGUACGUGUGCUGGCACAUUUCCGUCCUAUUAAGAAGUCUCAGGAUAACAAGCUUAACUGCAGAGAAGAAAAACUGCGCUUUGCAUUCAAGAUGUAUGACUUGGAUGAUGAUGAACGUAUAUCCAGAGAAGAGUUGCUGGCUGUGCUUCACAUGAUGGUUGGAGAGAAUAUCAGUGAUGAGCAGUUGAACAGCAUUGCAGAGAGAACUAUACUUGAAGCAGAUCGUGAUGGUGACCAGAUGAUAUCCUAUGAAGAAUUUUGCUCAGCACUGGAGCGGACAGAUGUCGAACAAAAGAUGUCAAUCAAGUUCCUUAAGUAAUUCAGGUGUUCUUAUUGAAGACUAUCAUGUUGAAAUUUUUCUUUGUCCCUCAAGUAUAUACAUAAUGAGUGCAGAUAUAAUAUUGAAUUUUCACAUCAUCAAAUUAAAGUAACUGCAAAGAGUAUUUUAGCCCUCGGGUUAAUUAGCUGGGUGUUGCUUUUUAUUCGCCUAGAAGCACUUUGUGAUGUUUCCUCAUCUUAAUAAUCAAUAAUUAAUCAAGUUUGGCAUUAUAAGUGAUUUAUCUCUAGUUUUAAUAGUUUACAGUGUGUGUUCGUGUUUUUUUCUUCUGUCUUGUCUGUUUUAAGCUGUUGGAUUCUGUUCUUGCUUUGUGGAAACAAUUUUUAACGUUGUAAAAUUGUGGCUUACACCAUCACAGCUGGUGAAUGCCAAGGAUGUGAUGUUGCAAUAAGUUUUAAACUGCAAAGGGUCCUUUAAAUUUAGUUUUCUAACACCUCAAGUCACUUUAUAGUUUCAGUGAAUAGGAACACUUAUUUAGUUG